UCAUGCAAAUCCAAAAACCACCUCGAGAAUGGUUCCCGUAGUUUUAUCCGAUUCACAGGAAAAUAAUAUUUGGUUUUGCAACUUGGAUGUUGGCUUUUCUUGGCGGGGUUCAUCCUCUGUCAAACUUCUAUACAUAUAUAUAUAUAUAUAUAUAUAUAUACACACAUGUUUUUUUAAUGCAUACUCCACGUUUAGAGACAUUAUCUCUGCGAUUGCAACUCUAUUGGUAAAAAAAAAAGUUUGAAACUUUAUAUGGCGGAGACGGAGACGGCGGAGGAGAGGCUGACGGCGGAGCUGGAGGCGGCAUGCGAUGCUGACGUGGACACCCUGAGGGAAUUGGCGGCGGCGAUGGCGGAGGAGAUGAAAAAGGGAUUGAGAUCUGAGGAUGAGGCAAAGAUCAAGAUGCUGAUCUCUUUUGUUCAUACUCUUCCUGACUGGAAAGCGAAAGGGAUUUUCUACGCGCUGGACGUAGGAGGAACCAAUUUCAGGAUCUUAAGGGUUUCCCUCGGAGGCGGGGAAUCAUCUCUAGAGGUUCAGGACAUGGAAAUACAACAUAUUCCCCAAGAUCUGAUGAAAGGAACGAGCGAGGCUUUCUUCGAUUUCUUAGCCUCGUCGAUAGAGAGAUUCGUCGGGAAGGAAGGAAAGGAUGCUGUUUCUGAUUUGGGAAAAAGGCAGUUGGGGUUCACAUUCUCGUUCCCGAUUAAGCAGACGUCUGUUUCAUCCGGGAAUCUCAUCCGGUGGACAAAAGGGUUCGCGAUAAAAGACGCGCAGGUGCAUAAAGAGGUUUCGGGACUUCUCCAAGCAGCGUUGGACAAGAGAGGGGUCAAUAUGCAAGUCACGGCCCUUGUGAACGAUACCGUAGGAUCGCUAGCUCUCGCGCAUUACAACGAUCAAGACACGGUUGCUGCAGUUAUUAUAGGGACUGGUACCAAUGCCGCUUAUGUGGAGCAAACGAAAAAUAUAACAAAGUCUCCGGCGUUAGCCGAGGAUUCCACACAAAUGGUCAUCAACACGGAGUGGGGAAACUUCUUUUCAUCUCAUCUACCAAGAACGACGUAUGAUAUCGAGUUGGAUGCAGAAUCUCUCAAUCCAAAUGAAAUGGCUUACGAGAAAAUGAUAUCCGGGAUGUACUUGGGAGAAAUCGUUCGGAGAGUGUUGCUUAGGAUAUCACAAGAAUCCGACGAGUUUAGGCAAGCGGCGGAUAUGUUAUCCCGACCAUCUAUUUUGAGCGCUCUUGAUAUAAAGGCGAUGCACCAAGACGAAUCCUCCGAACUGAAAGAAGUAGAAGGAAUCGUACGAGACCGUCUCCAGGUAAAUGACGUAUCUUUAAGGAUGAGAAGAAUCGUGGUAAGAGUAUGCAAUGCAGUGACAAGACGGGCGGGGAGACUCGGGGCGGCAGGAAUCGUCGGAAUAUUGAAGAAGAUGGGGAGAGAAGAUGGUGAGUCAAAAAGUGUUGUGGCCAUUGAAGGAGGCUUAUAUGCAAAUUACGAGAAGCUCAGAGAGUAUUUGAGAGAAGCUUUGGAAGAGAUCUUAGGACAAGAUUAUGUCGCCCGAAACGUCAUUUUGACGACCACCAAGGAUGGUUCGGGGCUCGGGGCCGCCUUACUCGCAGCAGCAGCGGCCGAGUACGUCGGGAAGAAGAAUUCACAGUUUGUAACCGUUCUUCAUUUCUUCUGUGUUUGCGCAUAAGAAUGUUUUUCUCUGUUCUAUGUUUUUUUUUUGGGGUUAUCAAGUUGAAGUUGUUUUUAAGCAGCUUACUGUAGAAAUGACUGCAAAAUAAAAUUAAUUUGUGAAUUUGGAUGGUAUGAAAUAGGAUCUGGUUUUCGGUUUCGGUUUA